UGUUAUCAAACAUGGCGUGCUAUCAAUGCGUAAUUUUAUUCUGUUUACAAUGAAAUUUUAUUUUUCAAUUCGAUGAUAUGACUAGUGAAAAGUGCGAGUGUUGAAUGUCGGCAGUGUGUCUUCGAGGUGUAGGGCGCGCGAUCCCAUGUGAGUGCGGGGCGCAAGUCGUGUCGCGGGCGGCCGGGUGAGGCCGAGGGCUAUGCAAGCGGCGCCGACGCGCUACGUGUCUGCGAGCGAGUUAUACUCGACCGACGAGGUGGAGCUGUUGCUGGAAGAAAUCCGCGAGCUGGAGCCGACUAGCUGCCGCGGUGAGGAAGGUCAAGACUUGGAGAUAGCGGGCAGUUUCGGCGGCGGCCGCUCGCCAGCUGGUACCGAACUCACAGAGCGCUCGUGGGAUUCCCACGCGCACUACUCGCGCGCGCCGCCGCCGCGACCGCAGCCGCUCGCUCCGGUCUACUGCCGCCCUCGAUACUUUUGUUCUUCCUUUGGGGCUCUCACUCUGCUUCUUGUUGUGUGUAGUGGAACAGUGUGUAUAUUGGUGUGGGCAGCACUGGGGCUUAGGGGUGCAGAGGCAACAAGGCCCCUGAUGUUUGGUGCGCUUACUACAUUCUUGGCACACACCCUGCUGCUUGUCUUGCACUUAACUGCGCUUACAGCUCUAUUUCCAUUGGAUUUCACAAAAUGGAGUGGAUGGCUGGGAGCAUGGAGUGCUUGCUGGCUAACGGUCGGCGCCGGCUUGGCGUUGCGACCUCUUACCGAUGUGCGCUUCUUGUAUUCUCCUGCACUCAUUUACUCUGCAGUGGGCGUGGGCGGCGCCGGAGCGUGCGCGGGAGCUGCGCUGGCGUGGGCAGCGUUGCGUGCGGGGUGCGUGCGCGCAGGGGGCACGGGGAGGGCAGGCUCUCGACGCUCCUCGGGCCCAGCGGCGUACCGCGCAGUGCCGCAAGCCUCCAGCUCGCGAGACGACCCGUUAUAGUGACGCGCCACGCUCACCGACUUCUAGAGCCGGUGGAAGGCAGCGCCUCGGCUCCUCGCCGCCUUGGCACGAAUUGACGUAUCGUCGGUAACGCCCGAGCGCUACGAAACUUUUAUAUGUUUUAUAGACGUUAGAGUUUUAUAGUCGAGGAAGUGGCUCCAAUUGAAUACGUUAUCCCUCCUCGUCCGGUCCGUGUAUGG